AUCGAUACUUAGUCAACUAAUUAAAAGGGAAAUAAAGUUUAAUAGAGCUUUCUAAAUCAAAAGUAGCUAAAAUCAACAAAUCAAGUCCAACGAUCUAUCCUUUUAACUCAGUCAAAUGCCGAAAACACACUUUGCCAAGGGGCAGCGCCGAAUCAGGUCGCUCAAGCUGCAUAUCACGUGCCUGUUUCAGCCGUUCCCUCGCUUAAUUCUAGGGCAAUCCUCAGCGACAGAAAAACAACGGGGAUCAAACCGUCGAGGGCUCGGAAAUCUGUGGCCAACAUCUUCACAUUGGGGGGGUACAAAGAAUAAUCCUUCCUAUCAGCCUCAAGCUCGAAAGAAAUCUAGGUGCAUACGCAUAUAUGCACACCGAUCCUAGAGAUGAGCGGCACAGCUUUGCUUGACCAUUACUGUCCAUCGCAUCGCGGGUCCAGUCUACAAGCGACGACGCCCAGCAAUAGCGUGCACACAGUGCCGACGACGCAAAAUCGGAUGCGAUCGACUUUCUCCGUGUGGCCCCUGCAAAAGUUCACCAUUGAAAUUGCAUUGUGUAUAUAACAAUGCGAUGGAAACUUCCAAGUUCCAUCCGAUAUCUUCCUGGACCCCGAACCCGAACCCGAAUCCGACCCCGAUCCCGACUCCGAGCUCAAAUUCGGCCCCUAGUGCGGAUCCUAUCUUGCAUACCAAGAUGCUGAAUCAUGAGAAUGCAUAUUCAUUAAUGGACUACCAGUCUGACCAGAAAUCUACGGCUGACCUGAAUGCGGCUGUUGCCGCUCUUCCGGAUUUCCCGCUCAGCCUGGAUAUGUUGUCAAGUUUGCACCACUACCCUGACGAUGGCUUUAUGGAUUUUCUGGACUACGAUUGCAAUCAAGGGAUUGUCCUUGGCGGCGAUGCCAGUAUCAGCUCUGACUUCAAUUCUGAAUCGGCGCUUACUGUUGUUCUUCCUUCUAGCGGGGUGGUACCUGCCCUGACAGACUCGUCCAAUUCAGCUUCGAGCGCGUCGGAUUCGCCGAUCUGGGGGAGAAAAGUCCGACAGACUGAUCAGAAUGCCCUGCCUCUCAAGUCUCCGAAUGAAGUCCACUCUAGCGCUCCUUGGAGUUCGGCGUUUGGUUCUGAGCUUCAUAGUGGCCGUGAAUCCAUCAGGACAGGCGGUUCAGGCUCUGACAAUAGGCUCCAAGGAUGGUAUGCUGCUAUUAUGUCCUGCGAGAGACUACAAUUUCUCGAAGGCAGUUCCGACAAUAACACGCGCAGCCAGCCACCGAAUGAGGCAAUUCAACCCUUGAUAGAACGACUUGUCGAAUUGGAGCACAGAAGAGACACUGGGAGAAUCGAUCGUAGCUUGAUGAGCUCAUCUGCAAUGGCGCAAGCAACCUUAACUCUGACUGCAGGGGCCGCGAGACAACUACUGCCACCCCGGGAAACUUGUGAUGUUCUCCUUGAAGCGUAUAUCAGCAGUUUCGAGUCAGUUUUGCAGAUUUUGCACGUCCCAUCCUUUCGGCGAGAUUAUCAAAGAUUCUGGGAAACUUCGAUAUCAGAGCUUAUGGACGCGGCGGAACCGUUUGCGUGUAAGCUUUUGGCUGCUAUCGCUCUUGGGUCGUGCGUGUGCGCCAGCCUGGACGUCAAUUGUGACGUCCAGGUCGACGCCAGCAGAGCCGAGCGGGACGGCCCGAGCCCUUCGCUACAUCUGACGCUUGCGGAGUGGGCUCUUGUUUGGAUUGACUAUGGGAAUCGAUGGCUUGAACGCAAAAUGGGAGCAGCAUCAAUACAGGGCUCGGGAUCAACUUCCAGAUCCCGACCUUCUGCCAACACAGCGCAUGACCUCGACAUGGUCCAAAUAAUGUGUCUUCUUGCUCUAACACGGCACACCCACCAUCGCGAGACGCCACUUGGAGGAUGCUUCGUUGGAGGUGAUUUAACUCGCAUCGGUACUCAGAUGGGUUUGCACCGAGAACCACGCAUCUGCUAUCCAACAAUGUCGGCACAUGAAGCUGAGAUGCGGCGACGCUUAUGGGCAACCAUUCUUGAACUAGCCCUACAGACAUCGUUCGAUGAAUGUUUACCUGGCCCCAUCUCCCCUGAGAACUAUGACUGUGAAACACCAACCAGUCUUGCCGACGACGACAUGACCCGGACCGGCUUGGCCACAGUUCCGCUCGUCAACCAGAGCCCUUCGCACGCCAAGUCGCCAGUUUCAGUAAUCACUCUCUUGUUCAGAACGCAGAGAACUAGGCUUCGAAUUCUGCAGCUCGUCAAUGCACCUGGGCUGUCAAAGUCAUUCGAUGCAAGCCACAGCCUGGCAAGCGAGCUGAGCGAUGCUUGCCAGGCAGAGUUGACCCCGAACGCUACAGCUUUCCAGAUCAAGCUUCUGAAUUCCUUCACAAUGCCUUUUGUGCUUGCACUCCAUGAUCCGUUUGCAGAUAAGGCGACAAAACACCCUGCUUACUACUAUUCGCGUAAGAUGCGCAUGGAGACAGCUGUUCUGCUACUUGCUCCCCAAGUAGCCAUCGCCCCUACCGCCCUUCCACGGAGCCAGAGUACUGCGGAAGCGACUUUCUCAGAGCCGCCUAAAGCAAGCACCAUGACCACCAAAUUACAGCACUUAGAUCUUUACACAGCACUUUGCAUACAUGGGCACGGCCACUUCGCUCUUGUACAAUGGAAAGCUACUGCGGCGUUGUGCCUUGACCUCAUCAAUGAGCUGGAAGCCAAUAAAUUCCCUCUUACGGACAGCGCGAUGGGAAAGCAUAUACUCAAAACAGUACAAUAUGCCACAGAUAUAUUCAAAGAACGAAUGCAAGUUCUUGGUGAAGCAAACGCAACUCGUGAAUAUAUAUUUGUCGCUUGUGCUGACGCGUACAUUGAAGCAAUGCUGAGCGGAUCUCGUCUUGUGGAGGCGGACAAGGUCAUUGAUGGCGCUUUAAAGGACGCCUUGGUUACUUGUUGCGAAGCAAUUGAUCGGUUGAGCGGUAACUUGAGAGCUUUUGAGGGAAACAAUAGCAAGCAAGACAUGCAAAUGUGGAUGAGUAGUCAAUUUGAUGGGGAUGAGCAUUGAAAGAAGUAACGUUAGAGAUUCUGCUACUCAAUAAGAACAUGCUUCGUGUUUUGAAUAGCUCCAGGCUUUUCGCAUUUUCUUUUCCAAUCAUCAG